AUGGCAGCCAACGCCCCUCCCUCCGCAGAGACUUUGCUCAGCGGUGCGGCCGCCCACCCGCCCAAGACCGCUGAAGAGAUCGCCAACCAGUAUGACCUGCUGCCCAAGCUGAUCCCUUACCUCGACCGCCAUCUGGUCUUCCCUCUGCUUGAAUUCAGCACCGGCCAGGAUGACGACAAGGACGUCGUCCGUGCGAAGUAUGAGUUGCUCAAGCACACCAACAUGACCGACUAUGUGGCCAACCUGUGGAUGGAAAUCAACAACGCGACAGAAGCCCCCGCUGAGUUCACGAAGAAGAAGGAGGAAGUUCUGAACAAGAUGCAACAAUACCAGGAUGAGAGCUUGAAGAUCACCGAGUUGCUGCAGGAUGAGGAGGUUGUCGGCAGCCUGCGAAGCGACAAGGUUGCCAACUUGAAAUUCCUCGAGCAACAGCACGGCGUCACCAACGAGAUGGUCAACAGCCUGUACGACUACGGCCGAUUCCAGUACAGCUGCGGUAGCUACGGCAAUGCUGCCGAUCUCCUGUACCAGUUCCGUGUUCUGUCCACCGACAAUGACAAGGUUGCCUCGGCCACAUGGGGUAAGCUGGCUUCGGAGAUCUUGACCACCAACUGGGAAGGUGCUAUGGAGGAAGUCCAAAAGGUCAAGGAAUCCAUUGAAACCCGGCUAUUCAACAACCCCCUGGGUCAGCUGCAGAACCGCUCGUGGUUGAUCCACUGGUCUCUCUUCCCCUUCUUCAACUACGACCCCGCUCGCGACAUCCUCACCGACCUCUUCUUCUCCCCCACCUACAUCAACACCAUCCAGACCAGCUGCCCCUGGAUUCUGCGAUACCUCGCUGCUGCAGUCAUCACCAACCGUAACCGCGCACACAAGAGCACCAGCCUAUACCACAAGCAACUCAAGGAUCUGAUCCGCAUUGUGCGUCAGGAGAACUACGAGUACACCGACCCCAUCACCGACUUUGUCAAGGCCCUCUAUGUCGACUUUGACUUUGAAGAAGCCCAGAAGAAGCUGGGUGAGGCAGAGGAUGUGUUGCGAAGCGACUUCUUCCUCGUUUCGGCCGCCGAUGCCUUCGUCGAGGCUGCCCGUCAUCUCAUCUCCGAGAGCUACUGCAAGAUUCACCAGCGAAUUGAUAUCAAGGACUUGUCUACCCGUCUUGGUUUGAACCAGGAUGAGGGUGAGAAGUGGAUUGUUAACUUGAUCCGCGACACCAGAGUCGACGCCAAGAUUGACUACAAGGAGGGCACUGUCAUCAUGAACCACCCCCCUCAAUCGGUGUACCAGCAGGUCAUUGAGAGGACAAAGGGUGCAUUCUUCAGAACCCAAGUCCUGAGGUACGUUGCUUAUUCUGAUUUUCCCUACUGGAUAAGUAGAAAUUCUGACUGUUUCUUUAGUUCUGCCGUUGCAAAAUAG